GUAGAAAGUAAACAGAAGAGUCAUAUCUAUUUUCACAGCCCAAUUAUACAGAAAUCCGACAGUACUGCAAUCACUGGCGAAAUUUUGCUGACAUUGAUGAUUCCUGGAAAAGUAUAAAGAGUAUCUUGGACUGGACAUCUUUUAACCAGGAGAGAAUUGUUGAUGCUGCUGGACCAGGGGGUUGGAAUGACCCAGAUAUGUUAGUGAUUGGCAACUUUGGCCUCAGCUGGAAUCAGCAAGUAACUCAGAUGGCCCUCUGGGCUAUCAUGGCUGCUCCUUUAUUCAUGUCUAAUGACCUCCGACACAUCAGCCCUCAAGCCAAAGCUCUCCUUCAGGAUAAGGAUGUAAUUGCCAUCAAUCAGGACCCCUUGGGCAAGCAGGGCUACCAGCUUAGACAGGGAGACAACUUUGAAGUGUGGGAACGACCUCUCUCAGACUUAGCCUGGGCUGUAGCUAUGAUAAACCGGCAGGAGAUCGGUGGACCUCGCUCUUAUACUAUCGCGGUUGCUUCCCUGGGUAAAGGAGUGGCCUGUAAUCCUGCCUGCUUCAUCACGCAGCUCCUCCCUGUGAAUAGGAAGCUAGGGUUCUAUGAAUGGACUUCAAGGUUAAGAAGUCACAUAAAUCCCACAGGCACUGUUUUGCUUCGGCUAGAAAAUACAGUGCAGAUGUCAAUUAAAGACUUACUUUAAAAUGUU